UAAAAGUAAUUUAUAAUAAAAGUAAAUAAAUUCAUUACAAAAUAUAUAAAAAAUUAUGUAUACUUUUAUUAAUUUACAAACUUUAAGAUAUACAACAAACAAAAUUCCAAUAUUAUUAUUUCGUAACAAAACUAAGGCAUGUGCUUCAAAUGAAUUAACAGAUCUAGUAGAUCCAGAUAUGCCAAUUUCGAUUGAAAAUCCAUAUAAAAAGAAGCAGCAAUUAUGUAUUUUAUGUAAAUUAAACAUCGAACCUGAUUAUAAAAAUGUACGUUUAUUAUCUCAAUUUCAAAGUCGUUAUACAGGUAGAAUUUAUGAAAAACACAUAACUGGAUUGUGUGAAUACAAACAGAAGAAAGUAGAACAAGAAAUAAUAAAAGCACAACAUGCUGGUUUAAUGGGUUAUAUGACUAAGGAUCCUAAAUUUUGUAAUGAUCCAAUGUUAUUUGAUCCUAAUUUUCCAUUUAAAGCACAUAAGUAUUAAAUAUGAAAUACAAAUUAAAUUAAAUAUAUAUAUAAAUAUAUAUGUAUUAUAAAAAUAUAAAAACAAGUAAAAUAAUAUUAUAUAUUA